UGAUUCAGCAGCUCGUGCAGCAGCAGCGGCUCGUCCUCUGCACAUGUGCAAACACAAACAACAAAAGGACGUUAACACAAACAAAAAAACAACAACAAAAACAGGCGGAUGUUCGUUUUGACAGUUACCUGCUGACGGUUAGAGAGCCCGUGCAGGUGACACACAUCUGCCGGAGACCCCGUAGAGCCGCUACAGGCCGCCGGAGAGAAGCAGCAGAAGCAGCAGAAACAGCUGGAUUUUACCUCCGUUUCUCGGUGUUUUUCUGGACUUUUAUCACCUCCUAUCGCUCCUCACACCUCCUCCGCGUGGAUUUAACACCAAAACAUCUUUACUGAGGUCCUGCUGGUUUCAUUCAAACGUCUCUCCUUCACUAUUUCCGCAUUUUGACGUCUGAUGCUCCGUCUGCCCGGCAGCUUCCUGUGACCCGUGUCUCCAUGGUGAAGUUGGCCCUGUCUGAUGUCAGCCCCUCCUCUCGCGGACCCUAUCGCCAUGCCGACCAUGGUUUCUAGGCUGCCCAAGUUCGGCUCCAGGCCGAACGGCACUCAGACGGCGGGCGUGGCCGCCUCCGCCGCCACGGCCAGCUUCCCCACCGCCCGCCUCCUAACCAACGGGUUCUACCACCACCCCGGCCCAGCGGGGGUCAACGGCGGCUUGACGACGGCGCCGGCUGCUUCUGUUAAACAGAACCGGUUCAUCAGAAUGCCCUCCUCCAUUUCCAUGAAAUGGAGGAAGGAGAACGAGGUGGUGGAGGACGGAGACGGAGAUGGUGGCGGUGAUGGGGAUCUGGACUGGAGGCAAGGAAAGGGCAAGAACGCCAAACAAACCAGUAACAUCCAGUAUUACUCCCAGCGCCAACUGGAAUCACCUACGGGGUCCCAGAAGAAGAUUACUGUGUCCUCUGAAGGAAAGGGGCGUGGCUUCGGUCUUCCCGUGACGUCACCAUCGCCACAGUCCAGCCCCAGAACACUUCCUGUCUCAAAAAGUGGAUCUAAACCGACCGCGAAUGGUCUUUAUGGGUCCAAACUUGGGAUCGGCAGGUCUCUGAGACCUCCUCAGAGCUUCGCCAGGCCGGGUGGUUCGGGACCCGGCUCUCGGUCCGGGUCGCCGCUACAAAAGAAACCGCUGGCAGGUUCGGGACCCGGCUCCCGGUCCGGGUCGCCGCUCCAAAAGAAACUUCCGGCGAGCCGCUCCCACUCCAGCGACAGCCUCGGCUCGGCGCCGCCGCCCGCCCCGCUCACGGAGAGCGAUCGUUUCCGGUCGCAGAGCCUCAAUCAGGUGCAGCGGCAGCCCUCGCCGACCCUCACCGCCUCGUCCUCCGUCCACCGGGCCGCCAGAGGAGGACGGGGUAAAACUCCCAGUUCUCCGGGGAGGUCAGGGUUCAGCACGCCGUCCCUCCUGCCCCCCACCGCCUUAAAGAAGCCCCUCCUCUCCAGCCUCGGCCCCGCCUCCAAGCCUAGCGUCAUCAGCUACAAGCUGUCCCGCCCGUCACUCAUCAAGCAGUCCCGCCCCCUCAGAGUCACCUCAACCAAUAAGGCUGCAGCUGAACAGGAAGUGAACGGAGGAGUGUCGGCAUGGAGGAGCUCAGUGGAGACGCCGUCCAAGACAGAAACCAGUACAGAGAGUUCUCCAGAGGCUCCAGAGAGGGAGGGGCUGUCGGAAGAGCCAGCGUCCCAGGGAGAGGUGUCGAUCAUGGGGGAGACGUUGGAGGACAUGUCCCUGUCCUCCACCUCGUCUCUGGACAGAAACGACACCAGCCAGGAGUACAUGGACGACUUUGACAAUCUUGGAAACGGAGGUGUCGGCAUUCUGCUCCUCUCCUCUAAAAACGACGAGGAUUAUUCGGGGCUCGACCAAUCGAGCCCUCGGUUCGAUGAAGAAAAGGUGUCAGGUGUCAACGGCGUCACCAAGACGGUGGCGCUUUGUUUCCUUGACGACGGGAUGGACUGGACCGGCGUGAGGCUCAGCGGUGAGCAAGAGGAGCAUCAGAGGAGAACCAGUCAGCCAGACUACCAUGAGCAGGGCGGCUUGUCCCUGGACCUGUCCCCCUCCGACAGCUGUGGUUCUGGAGGAACCUACAUGUGGGACGAGGAGGGUCUGGAGCCUCUGGGGGGCGCCGCCACCGCCUCCAUCAACACCAACAGCAACACCACCCACCACAUCGGGAGCUUCGACUCCGACCUCAACAGCAUCGACGUCUUGAACAACCUGGAGUCAUGUGACCUGGACGAUGAUGACCUCAUGCUAGAUGACGACCUGCCAGAAGACGGCUCGCUGCACAGCGAUGGAGACGGGAUCGCCCACAUGGCUCAGUGGAGGAUGAGACAGCUCUGCUGGGGGACGCAGGAUGUCCACACCGACAACGAAAGUGAUUUCCAGUGCUGCAAACUGACUGAGGACCCUGGAAACAAGAGGACCGACUUGACUGGGGACGGCGACCUCAUUCUAGACCUCUGUCCUCCGAGGUCCCCCUGUCUGUCCCCUGGUCCUCCUGGUCUGGGUCUGGAUGUGGAGGACCUGGCUGAAGACUGCUCUGCUGUCAGAUCCCAGCUGGAGUACCUGCAGAGGUUACUGCUGCAGGAGGAGGACGUGGACGAGGACACUCUGACCACGGACACUCUGAGUCCUGAGACCAACGACUCGUCACACAGCUCCGACACUCAGAUGCAGGUUCUCCUGCAGGAGGUGCAUCAGCUCAGAGAGGAGCUGAGGAGCAGAGACAGAACCAUCGCAGAGCUCUGCCUCAAACUGACAGUUCCACCAGCGGCCACCAGGUGUCGCUGCCAGCAGACGGCAGGACGGACGGACCGACACACACAGACGAACGAGGUGGAGAGAGAGAGCGUCGCCUCGCAGACGCCGUGGAGAGAAACCACCUCACAGAUAUUUCACGCCUCCGGUCAGGAAGACGAGGAUCCACUGAGGCACCGCCGCCCAGCUCCAGCACCGCCACCGCAAGCUCCGCCUCCAGCCACCUCCACCUGCUCCGCCCAACCCCCCCACGCCCCCACUGACAGUGUCCCGCCAGGAGGCAGGAGAGGGGAGGAAGGGGAGGUGAAGGAGAGGAGGAGGACCUUCACCGGGUCGCUGCUGCCACCUCAGCCCUCAAAGCUCCACCUCUUCAUGUCUCGUGUCUCCAGACCUGCCGCCGCCGCCUCCUCCUCCGUCUCCGCCGCGCCGCCAAAAGCGAGGCCGUCCAGACCCAGCGACCCGGAGAGCAGCAGCCCUGCAGGGUCAAAGGUCAAACCCAGCACCUCCCGCCUCCCCAAACCAAAGAUCCACUGAGCUGUCUUCUCUCUGCCUUCCUAACACGCAGUGACGGCAGAAAUUACUGAUCCACACCUUCUGUUUUCCUCUAAAUUCUAGAUUCUGAGGUUGAAAUGUUGAAAUAUGUAAAGUUAACUUAUUAAUUGUUAAUAUUAUUUGAGCACUGUGACUGAAGAUAAAUGUGUAAACACUUUAUUUUACUGGUCCUUAAAUGAUUUCCCAACAAAAACACUGAUAUUUAAGCUGUUGACUUGUUAGACAGUGGACUUCAUGCAAAAACCGCACAACACUCCUACAAACAGAUUUGUUCAAUUUCCUCUUAUAUAUAUAUAUUUUUUUUUUCAGCACAAACUCAACUUACGAAUGAUGAAGUUAACCUUAUACAUGAUGAGAGAAAUUUAAAAAAAAGAGCCUCUUCUCUUUAACAAAAGUCAGAUUUCAGAUGACGACCUGAUGAAGUUAUAGAAUGUCAUGAGCAGUUUAUACAAAGUCACGUAAUCCACAAAAUUAAAUAAAUAAAUGAAGAAACAAACAAGUUAUAUGAAAUGUGUGAACUAAAGAUUUUGAAAUGUAAUUAUUUGAAAUUAAUAAAUUUAUAUCACAAUAUUAAAAUCCUUUCUGGUGGAUCUUUGAAGCUUUAUUUAAAAAUGUAAAAACAACAGAAGCUUCAAAUGUAAGUAGCGUUUUUAUUUUUUAAACAUUCUGUUCAGCCCUAAUAAAUCAAUUCAACCCUCUACAAAACCCACCAUUGGUUUAAAAAGUAUGUUUAAGACUAACCGUAAAAAAUUUUUGUAGAACAUUGCAUCAAAAUUGCAUGAGAAAUAGGGCGUAAAUUAAAAAAUGCAUAUUACCGUAGUAGACACUUUUAAUUACUGUAAAUCAAUGAAUAGUACAAAACUUUUGAAAAACUGUAGAAAACACAUUUUUACUGUAAAAAUUAUGAAAUUUUCAUGUACAAUAAAUGGACAAAUACCAUAUUGUCACAAAGACACAUUUACCCUAAAAAAUAAAGGGACUUUUCAGUCUAAAUUACAAUUUUUGCUGAUAUUUACAUUUAAAUUCACGGAAAAAAAACCCACUCUGUGAUUUUUACGGUGAAGUUCUGGCAACCACAGCUGCCGGUAUUUUAUCGUAAAUUAAACACAUUUUUCUUUGCAGUGUAACUGUAAAAAACAGAUGUUAUCUUGCUGUUUUAACUUAUGUUUCUGAUAAAAAAGUAACCAAAACUAGGCUUAAAAUUGUUAUAUUUCUGUCAAAAUUUACUCUGCAAGUCUGUUUUAAAAUUUGUCCAAAAGUUCAUUGAAAUUCUGUUGCUGGGGUUGGGAGGGCUGAUCUGUUAUUAUUAAGAUCCAUAAAAGAUAAUUUACAGUACAACAAACUGUUUCACUGUUUUGGAAGAAUCUGCAGACUUGAUCCAGUUCAUAAAAAAUCACUCCAUAAAACUUUUUUGUCUUCUUUUCUUGGCUGACUGAACUCUGCUCUCUACAUAAAACACACAAAAAACUAUAUUAAAUCUUAAAGUGAAACCCUCUUCGGCUCUGUGGGCUUCCAAAUAAUCAACUCCAGUUAAUCACCGCAUGCAGACAAACAAUUCAAAACACAAUUAAUAUGAAUAAUAGCUUUUUCAAUAAACAUAAUCAUAAAUUAAUUACUUUAGUUUAAAGCGGAGGGAAAGUUAUCGACAAAAACAAAACCCAAAUCAGAACAAAGGGCCACUCAAAUAAAGUAUUUAAAUGAUGCUGAUAUGAUGUUUAUUUAUUUACUUUAGCAGACGAGGAUACGGUGUCGUGAUGUCGUCGCUCACUGUGUGUUAGGAAGCACUUUUAUUUUACUGUUUGUGUGCCUGAUUGACUCACUUCCUGUCUGACUUUAAAGCCUGGAAACUUGUUGAACAUGCUGCUGUUGCACGCUUCUUCCUCCCCGCCAAGUCUUCCUCGCUGUGGAGUCUCCCGAACAAACCACCUCCAUCAUCCUCCGUCCUGCUGCUCUGCACAAACAACGUCUCUAAGGAUGUGAAGGCCCAGCUGGGUGGAGGAGAGUGUCCAGGAUGGUGAUCUCUGACUCUAUGCAGAUGAUGUGGUCCUCUUUUCAUCAGAUUGGGACCUCCAGGACUCACUGGAGCAGGUAUCAAGUCUGACUUUGUGGUUCUAUGCUGGAAAAUGGUGGACUAUACCCCCCUCUGCACCUUUUGUACCAAUGUGGUGAAGAAGGAGCUGAGCUGGACGGAGAAGAUCACCGUUCCAACCGUCACCUCUGAGCUCUGGGUAGUGACUGAAACAAUGAGAUGAGAUUUACAGAGUUUCCUCUGUAAGGAGUAAAGCCAUUAGCCAUGUUUCCUUUAGGGGGAAGAGUGGCCACCAGGAAAGUCUCAGGCCACGCCCUCUCAAAAGUCCGCUCACUCUGCAUAUCUCCAUUACAAAAAGGCCCCCAGAGGGAUUUAGAGACUCUGGAGGUGACGUUUGGUUUUCGCCGUUGUAUAAUCGCUUAGUGACAGUUUUUACCAUGAUCACAUACAAGACGGAUUAAACACGGGAGACUCAACUGUGGCCGCCGUCGCUAACUGUGCACAAUGUCAGCAGCUGAUCAUAAACAAACCAGCAUGGCUAAUUAUGCACAGCUUCGAAUUAACCGGCAUCGCUAACUGUGCACUGGAGUGGACACUGUUAGUGUCCAUGCUCGUUGUAAACAAACAGAUCGCUAAGUGAACACCUCCUGCAGCAGCAGCACAUACACACUGUACUGCUACAGAGCUAACUGUUAGCCUGUUAGCACAUACACACUGUACUGCUACAGAGCUAGCUGUUAGCCUGUUAGCACAUACACACUGUACUGCUACAGAGCUAACUGUUAGCCUCUUAGCAAAUUGCAGACUGGACGCUAAGGGGUUAACAUCCCCUCCGGCUCUGUGACUGCAGCUGGGAGAGACUGCUGCAGGAGGACUGCUGCUUCGACUCGUUCUUACUCUUCUUAACGAGCCUCGGGACCCUGUCACUAACUGUGCACAACGUCAGCAGCUGAUCAUAAACAAAGCAGCAUGGCUAAUUAUGCACAGCAAUCCGCGGCUCGAUAAGAAGAAUAAGAACGAGUCUCCAAAAGUCUCCAAUAACACCAGAAAAAGUCGCUGGAUUUGUCUCCAGUGGCUUUUUAAUUUUUUUAAAUAGUCGCUAAGGGGGUCUGAAAAGUCGCUAAAUAUAGCAACAAAGUCGCUAAGUUGCCAACACUGCUUCGCCGGCUUUUACAAAUGGCGCGUGUUGUUGUGGCGUGUUUUGAAAAAAAAGAUGUGAAUGGAAACAUGGCUAAUGUAUCACAUGUUAACUUUAGUUUAUCAUUUUAUCAAUUUUCACUCACAAAUGAAUCCCAGAUCACGUCUACCUUGCAGGGGGGUUUUCAUCACCUUAAAGCUUCCUUCAAUAAACACAGCACUUCCCAGAGAUAUUUCACAAUAAAACCUUCCAAUGCAUGUAGAGAUCAUCUCGUGAAGCUGCCUUUUAUUGUGAAACAUUUGUGCAGAAAGUGUAAAAGUCCCACUUGAAAGUAGCUCAACAAAAUAUAGCAAAUUAAGCGUAAAUUAAGGCUUAAGACAUGUUUAAGAGUUUGCAGUGUGUAUCAAUGUUUUGCAGGUGAAAGUUUGUCGUUUCCACCACAAGCUGCUUUGUUGUCUAUAAUCUUUCAAUCACUGUAUUUACACAUAUUUAGAAUUAAACUUAAUAUCAUGUUGUAUCUCCAUAACUCAGCCAUGAAUAAUCACAAUAUGUAUCUAUGAACAGUAUAUCCACUCUGCUGUGUCCUGUAAUUGUACACUGUGUUGGCUGGGGAAAUACUUUUAUUUUGAAAAACUUGAAGACAGGAAACUGCAGGAUGUUUGUCAACCUAAAAUACCUGUCACCUGGGGACUGUUCUAGAAAGCAGGUGAUCUGAAAACCAAGUAUGUGAACCUUGAAAUGAGGGAAACUCUGAGUUUUACGUUCUUCCCUCCUCCACAUCCUCCUUUCCUUUCCUAUAUCCUUCUUCCCUUUUCCGACAUCCUUUUUUUCUUCCCUACAUCCUCCUUUCCUUUCCUUUCCGUCUCUACAUCCUUUGUUCCUUUCCUUCAUUAUCUUUUCCUUCUCUACAUCCUCCUCUCCUUUCCUGCAUCUUUCUUUCCUUCUCUACAUCCUUCUUCCCUUUCCUUCCCUACAUCCUCCUUUCCUUCUCUACAUCCUCCUUUCUUUUCCUACAUCCUUUUUUCCUUCUCUACAUCCUCCUUUCCUUCCCUACACCUUUCUUUCCUUCUCUACAUCCUUCUGUCCUUUCCUACACCCUCUUUUCCUUCCCUACAUCCUUUUUCCUUAUCUACAUCCUCUUUUCCUUUCCUACACCCUUUUCCUUCUCUACAUCCUCCUUUCCUUUCCUUUCCUUCCUCCUUUCCUUCUCUACAUCCAGUUGUUGUUGUUUUUUUUUUUUUCAAAAAAAAUUUUCUAACUCGUCGUACGUUCUCUCGACAAUUUCCAAAUCAACCAUUUUUUAAAUCUGUUGCCAUGGUGAAACGCUCCAUUAAUGAUCCUUUUUAUCGCCGUGGUUACUCAGAGCUGAUUGAACUCAGAUCAGCGUUUCUGGAACCGUAAACUCAGAGUUUCCCAUCUGAAGAUAAAUUAUCUCAGAGUUCUAGCUGGAAAAACCACCUGCUGUUUUUUUAAUUUAUUAUUAUUUAUAUUUAUUUUGUGUGCAAUUACUGUGGAGGACUCUUAACUCUUACUGAUGUGAUAAACUGUACAGUCUUACCUUAAGUCUUACCUACUGUAAUAAUAAUAUUUAUUAUUAUUAAUAAUAAUAAUGCUGAGCUUGUAAAGCGUCUCAGUCUGAUAAAUGCACUUUAAACAACGAGAGGAGAUAUUCAGCUUGACCCUUUUCUGUUUGUUGAUGUUUUAAUGCUGCAUUCAUGUUCAUGUUUCACACCAGAAAAUGAUUUUUAGUUAGUUAGAUUGUUGGUUUUAGGUGAAAUACUCAGGUGAACUUCCUGAAAUGGAGUUUUAUGUCAAAUGGAAACAACAAAAUCAAGAUUUUUUUCAUCAAGUAAAAGAAUAAAUGAAAACUGGAGCCGAUCCCAGCUGGCAUUGGGUCGUCAGACUAUCAGAGGGCUGACAUAUAGAGACAGAGAACUAUUCACGCUCUCAUUCACUCCUACGGGCAACUUAGAGUCACCAAUUAAACCUAAGCUGCAUGUUUUUGGACUGUGGGAGGAAGCUGGAGGACCCAGAGAGAACAUUUAAACUCCACCCUGUAGCCCCAUAUAUAAAUGAUAUAUUCUAUAAUUAAAGAAUAUCAUGUCUAUUAUCUGUGACAUCACUUCCUGUUUGGGUGCAAACGUUGUCUGGACUGAAUCAAGUUUGCGACCCGAACCCUAAAGAUGAUGUUUGUCUCCCUGGUUGCUUAUUGGCUCAUAUUUAUUGUCCUCUCCUGUCAUUGGCUGAGAUGUUUCUGAUGCUGCUGAGAACCUGAACGCUGAAAUAAAAACCAUCAACACACAAAAA